AUGAAGGUCGACCAUAUUUUCGAAGGAAAACGUCUUAAAGAGCACCUGAUUCGUAUUGUUGACGCCAUUGAUGCCGAUGGCUGCGAGGUGCUUUGUUUCCUGGAACCAGACUGCGUUAGUUUCAACUUUAAGAAGUCUAUGAGCCAAUGUGAGCUGAAUAACUCCACUUUCGAAGAACAAGAAGAUAAGCUGGAGACAAACUAUGAUUACAUUUAUCAAGGAGCGGAGGUAAGAAAGGAAUAUCAGUUUGACUUCAAUCAUGAUUAUGUACGGCGUAAUAUUUGAGGCAAAUUAAAAGGGCUAGACUAAAUUAUACACGAUGGCCUUUGUACCUAGCAACGAACGAUGCCUAAUUUUAUUAGAACUAACCGGAAAAGAUUAUUGAAAAUUUGAACUGCAGGAUGAAGAUCAUCGAAAAAGACGCAACCUUGUCAGUUUGUGAUUCACGAUUCUAGGUAAAACAGUUAAAAGCAAAGCUAGAGACUUCUCAGGUACCUUUAAGUAAAUUAAAAUUUAAAGGCACAAAAUGAGGAUAUGAGGUUAUCCCUUUAUUAAGAUCUCUAAUUACAGAUAACCCACCCUGCAGCGCAGGAAAGGUUGGCCACACCACCGGGGUCUAUGCCCCCCUUAACCUGAGUGGCAGGGACAUUCAGUAGCAGGCGUUCGAAGGGAUCAAAGGAGUGGGGAUUUCGAGCCCCCAAAUUCCCUUUUCGUUCCCUUUCUUAAACCGUUUGUAGAUGUCAUUGCAAAGGCAGCACUUUCCUCUCAGUUAUUUAAUGACCCUGAGUGGUUGUCCUUGCUGGGGUCUGAAUACGCGACUUCCCGCUCAGCAGCCGGGCCCGCGCUCUCCCAAUUAAGGUAACCAGGCGGCGGUUAAAGAAUGCAUUUUCGAUCACUUUUCUUUUUUUUUCUAGAACGAAUGUGUCAAUAACCGUUGCGAAAAUAAUGCAACCUGUCAAACCGGUUUUACAGACAAGGCAUACCGCUGCUUGUGUACUGCUGGAUUUGAAGGAAAUUACUGUGAGAUUGGUGAGUUUCUGGGGGAACACCGAUUGGGGAACUGA